AUGUCAAACCCGGCAAGUGAGAUGCCCACGUCCGGCGCUCCUGCUGUGACCAAGAUAUCGGCCGAACUCUCCCCGCCACUCACAUCGACCAACACAUCUCCUCGUUUCUCUACCGAUGAAGUGACUGUUAUAUUUGUGCUUGGAGGUCCUGGUAGUGGAAAAGGAACGCAAUCUGCCAAACUUGUCAAGGACUAUGGUUUUUCUCAUCUCUCCGCGGGCGAUCUGCUCAGAGCCGAGCAGGACCGUGAAGGAAGUCAGUACGGUGACUUGAUUCGACAUAACAUUCGCGAAGGAAUCAUCGUGCCCAUGGAAAUCACGGUUACACUUCUCUCCAACGCCAUGGCUGCCAUUCUUGAGAAGAAAAAGAAAGACGGAAGUAGCGUCGAGCGUACGUCACGGUUCCUCAUCGACGGAUUCCCACGCAAAAUGGAUCAAGCAGUUUACUUCGAGGAAACAGUUUGCCCCUCGGCAGGAACUCUUUUCCUAUCUUGCACAGAAGAGGUGAUGUUGGAUCGUCUAUUAAAGCGUGGAGAGACUAGCGGCCGUGACGACGAUAAUAUCGAGUCAAUUAAGAAGCGAUUCCGUGUCUUCGAAGAGACUAGCAUGCCGGUUGUCGACUAUUACGAGAAGAUGGGCAAGGUCAUGAGCGUUUCUGCAGUUGGUACUGAGGCCGAAGUUACUGCUCGCAUUCACAAGGAGAUAGAGAGCCGUGGCAUCGUGCAGCAAAGGGGAAAUUGA